GGCUGAAAUCUGGCGAAGCAUUAAAGUAAUUCUGAAAAACUGGUCACUUAUGUUCUUGUUUUCUAAAAGGAGAAUUUUGAGGUUAGGAUAUGUCGGGAAUGUUUGGGAUAUUCUCCGACGGUACAUACUCGAGCCGGUGAGGGACUUUUGGUGGAUAUUAGGUAGUUAGGACUUUGUGAACGUGGUGAAUGGAAUUGUUUCAAAAAAUUCGGCAAUGGAAUACUAAAAUUUUGACAUUUUCACUACGGAAAAACUUGAACGUAACACGUUAUCACUGCUCGAGUUCGUGCUGCCUGUUUGCAAUAAAUAACAGUGAUAACUCGGUAAACAAGAUACGCGAAGGUUAUGCCGGUAAUGUAAGAUUUAUCACGAGAAAAAUGGCUUCAAAUCAACCAAAAAUCAUAAUUUUGGGGGCCGGCGCUGCAGGUAUAGCGGCAGCGACGCGACUUUUUGAAAAUGGAUUUAAUGAUUUGACGAUAUUGGAAGCUGAAAAUCGUGUUGGUGGUCGUAUUUAUUCAGUUGAAUUUGAAGGAAGAAUGGUAGAUCUUGGAGGACAAUGGUGUCAUGGUGAAAAAAAUAACAUCGUUUUUGAUCUAGUCAAAGAUUUAGAUUUGCUUAGUUCAUCGUUUAAUAAUUACUCCGAUUUUACGUAUUAUUUGUCUGAUGGGACGGUCGUGGAUAAAAAUGUAACGGAUCAGUUACUAGCAAUAGCUCGUGAUGUUUUUGAGGACGAAGAAGCAGCGAGAAAGACGAGUGGGACGUUUGGGGAUUAUUUUAUUAAAGAGUAUACGGAGAGAGUAUCUCUAUGUGCUGAUAAAAUAACAGAGGAAACCUCCGGUUUCCUACUGGAUUGGUUUCAUAAACUUUGGAUGUGCUUAGAGUCAGCUAAAAGUUGGGAUGAGGUAUCACCGAUCGGAGCUUAUCAAUAUAAGGAGUGUGAGGGCGAUCUCUACUUGCAAUGGCGAAAAAUAGGCUACAAAACCAUUCUCGAUGUUUUAAUGAAAAAAAUACCUUAUUCCAGCGAAGCAUUACCAAUAGAUGACAAAAUUUUGUUAAACAAAGAAGUCAAUAAAAUUGUUUGGGAUUUCGACAAUGUAAACAAAGUCUCUGUUUAUUGCACCGAUAACUCGAUAUAUAAAUGUGAUCAUUUAAUUAUUACUGCAUCUAUUGGUGCAUUGAAACACCUUUCUGAACAUUUUGAACCAAAACUACCUCUAAUAAAACAAAAUGCAAUUAGUUUAACGGCUGUAGGAGACGUUAAAAAAAUUUUAUUGAAAUUUUCAAAGAAAUGGUGGCCUGAGAAUUUGAAAGGAAUUAGUUUAGUUUGGACUGAAACAGACCGGGAAAAUCUUCUAAAAGAGUUUCCUUAUGGCCCUAUCAAGGAUGGAAAAUCUUGGCUGGAAUAUCUUUACGGCUUCUAUGUCAUAGAUAGCCACCCUGAUGUACUUCUGGGAUGGGUGGUUGGUCCAAUGGUUGGUGAAGUAGAACUCCUGUCUGAUGACGUAGUAAUUGACGGGUGUAUGUUUUUGUUAAAAAAAUUUGUGGGUGGUAAAUACGAUAUUACUCAACCGGAAAAAAUUUUAAGGUCUAAGUGGAGAAACAAUCCACAUUUUAACGGCUGCUACUCUUACCGUUGUUUAGAAGCUGAAAAGAAAAAUGUGACUUGGGAAGAUCUAGCUAGUCCUGUUGCUAACAGUAGUAGUAAACAAGUUUUAUUGUUUGCUGGAGAGGCUACUCACCCAAUAUAUUAUUCGACAGUGCAUGGGGCUAUUGAAACGGGCUAUAGGGAAGCUGAUAGAAUUUUAAAUUUGUACAAGUCUCCUAAGUUAAUUCAUCGUAAAGUGGCAAUUAUUGGGGCCGGAAUGGCGGGCUUAGGCGCGGCUACGACGCUACAAGAGCUCGGUUGUACCGAUUUCUUGCUAAUAGAAGCUCAGAGUAAGCCGGGAGGCCGCAUAGAUACCUUAUAUCUCGACGAUAACAUUCUUGAAUUGGGGGCCCAGUGGAUCCAUGGUAAAGAGAAUCCUUUGUAUGAGUUAGCGCGCAAACAUGAUCUCCUCUCCGAAAUAAGAUCAGAGGAAGGACUGGGGCUUUAUAUUAGAGAUAAUGGUGAAAUUAUUGAUGAGGACAUAGUUAAGAGAGUGGAUUUUGAGGUUGGAAGGAUUCUUGAGGAAUGUGAACGGUUUGUCGAUGCUGCCGAUUAUCCGAAAUCUGUCGGGGAAUAUAUGGAAGCGAGUUUUGAGGAAUAUUUAACUAAAUGUCAUGAUAGUGACGACUUAAAGGAGAUUAAGUGGGAAUUGUUUGAUUGGCACGUCCGCUUUCAGAUUAUAGACAAUUCGUGCUUGAAUUUAAAUCAAUUGUCGGCGAAAGGAUGGGGAAAAUACGUUUGUUUAGACGACCAAGCGCAUUUUAAUCUUAAAUGCGGUUAUAGUGAAUUAGUUAAUAUUCUGGUCGAUAAUUUACCGAAAAAGUCAAUUUUACUUUCAACACCUGUUGCUGAAAUUCAUCGCUCGACUCAAGCUUUCGAAAAGAAUAGAGUAAUAUGUGACAACGGCGCUGUAAUAACCUGCGAUCACUUGAUUAUUACACCUUCACUAGGUGUUUUAAAAAAACUAAAAAUAACCCCUCGGUUACCACAAGACACAUUUCAAUGCAUAGAAAAUCUCGGAUAUCACGGAAUUGGUAAAAUAUUUUUGAUAUUUGACUAUAAAUGGUGGGACGUUGAUGGAUUUCAAUUCGUAUGGAGGAAAAAUUCUAUUGAUGAAAAUAGUUGGCUUAGAUAUAUUACAGGUUUUGAUCCUAUUUUACACGGAUCUACAGUUCUCGUAGGUUGGAUUGGAGGUGAAGGAGUAAAAGUUAUGGAAAGUUUAAGUAAUGAGGAGGUCGGAAUUCAAUGCAUGAACUUAUUCAAACGAUUUCUUCCGAAUCGAAUUAUUCCAAACCCUGUGAAAGUCAUAAGAACUACUUGGUGUUCCAACUCUUGGAUUCUGGGUGGAUAUAGUCACAUCACUCCGGAUUGCGACCAAUUAAAUUGUGGAAUGCAGAAACUCUCGGAACCCAUAUUCGUCGAUGGUAAACCAAGAGUAUUAAUGGCAGGUGAAGCGGUACAUUCUUCUCAUUAUUCGACAGCUCAUGGUGCAUAUGAAUCAGGCCAGCAACAAGCAGAACUAUUAAUAGAAUACAUGAUGAAAAAUUCAAAGCUGUAAAUGAAGUCUCAAUAAAAUUAAUGGA